GAUGGAGGCGCUGUUUAGUGAUACCUACAUGAGCAGGUUGCUAGGUAAGAGCUGGACAGGACAGGACAGGGAGUGCAGUUGAACUCACAUUGUCUUUGUGCAGUUUCGGGCAAGUGACAGAAACUAGGCUUAUUCACAUAACAAAAAGGUUUGAGACGUAUUUAACAUUUAGGGAACAGACAAUUAAACGGAUUUGGAGAUGUCUUAUUCUUUUCCUCGAGGGCUUCAUGGGGAAGGAACUGUUCUGCUUCACUAAACUGCGGCUUUCUCCGACUUUGGUACAAAGGAGGAUCUGUCUGCCCUGCUGCAGGUUGAUAACUGUGCACAGAAGUGAGGCGGAAGCUGCUCGUGCGAGAGGAAUCAACCUGUUUGAUGUUUUCCCGAUUUGCUUCGACCAAAGCAGCAGUUAAAAGGAGGCGUUAAGUUCCCGGAGCGAGUGGUGGAAGUAGUGAAAUGGACCCAAGCUGAUGCUCAGUAACUCCAGCCUGCCCCGCAGAGAUGGCAGCCUGUCCAGAGGUGCUGCCCUUACCUGAAGCCGUGGUUGGGAGCGUUUUACUGCUGGUGCUGAGCAGUAAUCCUGUAUGGGGAAAUGCUACGGCCGCCAGUCCUACUAACAACACAAGACCAAACAUUGCAGCUAUCGUGGCCCCGACAGUCACCCUGGGUGUUCUGGCCGUAGUUCUGGGCGUUCUUGGCUGGCUGUUCUUUGUGGUGAAGAAGAAAAGACAAACCGAAGGAACCUACAGGCCCAGCGCUGAGGAAAACUCCGGCCCUCGCAGCGUGACCGCACCAGAUGCCUUACAGCUACCAAAGGAGGAGAGACUCAUUUGAGAUUUGCACAAAAUACCAAAAUGGACAAAAAGUUGCAAACACUUUGUGUUGCUAAGUGACGUGGCUUCAUGCUGAUAAACUGAGGAAGAACUUCAGGUUCAAGAGAGGACGGGGAGUGAGUUUUUAAACUCCACAGCAUGAUGCAUAAACCCACUGCUUCCUUUUUAAACAAGCACUGAAUAGUUCCUGCUUGGCACACAGCAGAGGAACGCUCAACAAUCUUAUGGAGGGAAUCAAGAACAAUUAAACACUUCAAUCAACUCUGAAUGUCUAAUAAGCACAUUUGAUACUGCAGUAUUUCAUAGGCAUUAAUAAUUUUAGCUAUUAUAUGUUUUUGUUUUGUUAGUAUCCAUAUGCCAAUGUAACACAUCACUUGAUUAAGCCCAUUAUGAGGUCACUUUUAAAUCUAUGCGGAUCUAUAAUGUCUGAUUAUUUUUUUCAGCCAAUUUUAUUUGAAAUGAACAUGGAAGCCUAUUUUUAUUUGAUGAAUUAUAUCAAGCAUGAUUUUAUUUUAAUCUAAACCUGCUGUGUAAAUAUAAAACAGUUUUCAUUUUCUCCAAGCAAAAGCAAAAAGCUAUCAAAUGUUUACACUUUGAAGUAUUCUUGGAGCAAUCAUUAUUUACAGUGGCAUGGUUCACACAUUUCAUCAAAUCAAUUCUGCAUGUUUAUUUAUGCUUUUACCAAUAAAAUAGUGAAAUAUUA